AUGGAAUCCAUCAGUAAUGAGCUCCUGCUUCUUAUCGCAGAACAUGUUCGGCAUGUCAACCAGAGAGAUUAUUUUCGGAUGCUUCGCGUAUGUCGCAGUUGGCACGCGUUCCUUUCACCUAGGGCCUACAAUCGUAUCUCGAUCGGUCAUGACCAAAUCUACCCUCUUGUCCGUUGCGUAUAUGAAAACCCCAAUAUCGGCGCUGCGAUUCGCGAUCUGGACGUCUGGUGGGCAUCCGGGUCCAAUGACGGAUGCGACGUGGAAAUGGUCAAUGAUGCAGUCCGACGAGUCUGCGAUUCUCCAGCCGAUCGCAAAGAAUGGAAAGGCGAGCUGCGACAAGGGAACCCAGACGCUUGGUUCGCUGUACUAGUACAGUCACUCGAAGCCGUCACCAGCCUAACUCUACAAUAUUCCUACUCUGAUUAUUUCAUCCCCAUGCUGAGCCGAAUGGCCAACCGCGACCCGCCAUUCAAUGAAAAGCCAGUGCUGCAGCAUCUUGAACGUGUGACAGUGCGAGUCGAAGAUAUUAAAACAGCAUAUGAAUCGUCAAGUUUCCUCCAGCUCUUCCGGCUACCGGCAAUGCGGAUGCUCGAGGCUGACGCAGUGUACGAGGCUCACGAGUCAGAUUCGAUCUAUCCGAAGCCGGACCCCGGAACAUCGGGAAUCAGGGAGCUCCGAAUUAUGGGCAAUGGAAGCAAAGGCAUGGCUGACUACAUCACUUCCUGUGCUAACCUGGAGAUCUUCGAUUAUGAUCACGACAACAAGGCUGUUUGGGGCGAGAUCUACCUCAUCUUUCAUCCUGGAGCAUUCUAUGCCGCGCUCGUCACCCAGAAACACAGCCUACGGGAGCUCCGGCUGAGUGACCAUGGAGAAACUGAGCCAGAGAACUGCGACGACUACGACGACUACGACGAGGGAAACGAGCACUUCAACCUAUUUGGAUCGCUCACCGAGUUCCACCAGCUCCGUGAGCUUUGUAUACCCGUGCGCACCCUCCUUCAGUUCGGUCUCGGUGAUACCCCCAGAGUCUCUCUCCCAGACAUCCUCCCGCCAAACUUGGAAUAUCUAGAUCUGUAUCAAUGUCUAGACAAAGACUUUGAUGUGGUCAUGGCAGAUCUGAAACGAGUAGUCGCACAGCGGACAGAGAGGUUUCCGAACCUGACAAAACUCUACAUCAGGCUGUUAAAUCUGGAAAAGAUUCCCAGGCCCAUAAACUGGUGGUCGUUUGAGAUUCCUGUAUCUACGCACCAGGCUUUCGCUACACUUACGGAAAUCUGUAAUCAAUCUGGGAUAGACUUUCGCCUCAGAAAGUCAGCAUGGCUAGAGGACUAG